GUCCUCCUAGACCGCCCCUCCGCGCAAGCAAAUGGGCUUACCCACAUCCGGGGAUCGGUGAGAAUGGCGCGCAGUCACGUGAUGCGGAGAGGGAGCCUUGUGGAAGCGGGUGCAGGCCCUGGGUCCGGCGCGGGUCUGACAAGAUCAAAGCUGCAGGAAAAUGGACAGUGAGGUACAGAGAGAUGGAAGGAUCUUGGACUUGAUUGACGAUGCUUGGCGAGAAGACAAGCUGCCGUAUGAGGAUGUUGCAAUACCACUGAAUGAGCUUCCUGAACCUGAACAGGACAACGGUGGCACCACAGAAUCUGUUAAAGAACAAGAAAUGAAGUGGACCGACUUGGCCUUACAGUAUCUCCAUGAGAAUGUUCCCCCUAUAGGAAACUAAUACCUGGCUCCUUCUUCAUGGACAGAUUUUUGAAAAAUAUAUAGAUACAAAAUGUUU